UAGAUAAGGGUUGAUUUGGUUGAUCUAGUGCUUAACUGUUUGACAUUAAGAUAUAGCUCUCUUUAUUUUUUUGGGUUUGAUAAGAAAGUAUUUUUUUGGAAAGUUUUCUAACUUAGAAAUGUAUUUGAUCUUGCUUUGCAGUACUUUAUAAAGACAGGAACUUGCAAAUACGGGUCAACAUGUAAAUAUCAUCAUCCAAAUGACAUGAUUGGGGCUGGACCUGUUAUAUUUAACAUUCUUGGUCUACCUAUUCGUCAGGAUGAAAAACCAUGUCCUUAUUACAUGCAGACUGGAUCAUGCAAAUUUGGAAUUGCAUGCAAGUUCCAUCAUCCCCAGCCUGCAUCACCUGGGGCUGGCUUACCUGUAAAUGGACCUGUUAGAUCAUUGAUUUUGCCACCCUCAAAUCUACCAUAUGCUGGUGGUUUAACCACAUGGCCAUUACCUAGGGCACCUUAUGUCUCUGGCCCGCGAUUACACAGCCAAAGCUACAUGCCUGUUAUUGUUUCUCCUUCCCAAAGCAUGAUCCCUACACUUGGCUGGAGCACCUACAUGGGAACUAAACCCUGUAUCUUCUGCUGGUGUUGUUGGAUCCAGUUUGGCUUACAAGUCGGUGAAUCCAGCCGAGUCAGGUUCUGGUGGACAGCUGCUCUUGAUGCUUCAAGUUUUCCUGAAAGACCCGAUCAACCAGAAUGCCGGUAUUACAUGAGCACUGGCACUUGCAAAUAUGAAUCUGAUUGCAAGUACCAUCAUCCAAAGGAAAGGAUUGCAAAUUCAGCAGUAAAUGGUAUUGGCCCACUCGGGCUUCCUUCAAGGCCUGGGCGAGCUGUAUGUUCUAGCUACACUAUAUAUGGACUCUGCAAAUAUGGGCCUACUUGCAGAUUUGAUCAUCCUUAUGUGGGAUAUCCUUAUAAUUAUGACCCAAGUCUUCCUUCAUCUGUGUUCGAUUCAUCUGGUCUAACAUAUCAAAGAAUGUCACCAACAGCCCAUUUGUCAAAAACUCCUCUGCCAUCAAAGCUUACUGAUUGGGCACGGAAAACCACUCUGUGAAUAAGAAGCAUCAGAACACGGAGACGAAGAAUUCCGAUGACCCUGCUGAGCAGGCAGCUUCACCAGAUUCUUUGCAGAUUUCUUCGAAAACUUCACAGGAAGAUUAAACUGAUUUAAUCAAUCAUUUCAUUAUCUCUUGUUAGUUCAUACCCUUCCAAGGAGUUUUUUUGUUUCAUGAUAUGUACCUCCUGCACCCCUUUCACCUGUGAUCC